GGUGGAGAGAUUAUUAUACUUCGGCUUAUUAUAUCUGGGCCUCCGUAUGUUGACCCUCCUUGUCUUCUUGGUUAUCUUCAUCCUCUCCAUCCCGUCAUAGUCCAUGGUUUCUCCCCAUGUUUGUUUCUGCGCAAGGAGGCACCUUUAUUCUGUGUAUGUCACCCAUCUAGCCAUCUUGUUGUUGAUGGACAUUGUGCACUACCUCCGGACAGGAACCAACUGUACAGGGGCAGUUCGAGGGGCAAUUCUGCAAGCCCCUGUUAGUGACAGAGAGUAUAUGGCAACAUUGCCACGGACGAAGGAGUUCCUUGAAGUGGCAGAAAAAAUGAUUGCAGAAGGUAGAAAGAAUGAUGUCAUGCCGCUGGAUGCAAAUAAUGGCAUUCCUAUCACUGCAUUCAGGUAUCAUUCCUUGGCUGGCGUCGGUGGUGAGGAUGAUAUGUUUAGUUCUGAUCUCACAAUUGAGGAGCUGGUGAUGAAGCUAGGACACAUGGCAAUGAUACAAACACAGGUUGUGUUCUCAAUGGCUGAUGAGUAUAUUCCAGACCAUGUGGACAAGAGAGCCCUUCUUGACAGGUAAGCUCCCUUCCCUGUCCUGCAUGACUGGUAUCCACGCCCUUGAAGUGCUUCACAAUCAAACCAUCUUCCUUCC